UGGAAAGCAACAUUUCACAGACCGCAGGGAGGGACAGUCGUGCUUCUCGCCAGCUUACCUGCCCUGUCAUACCUGGGAUAUAGAGCUUGCAGAAGAGCCUGUCCUGAAGCUGUGGUUUAUGCCCUCGAUAAAGCUGAGGAGGUCUUGGAGCGUGCAGACUACCUGUACAGCUGUGGGGAGACGGAGAAGCUCUACCAGCUGCUGGCCCAGCAUCAGAACAGUGACAACGCAGAGUUUCUGUGGCGGCUGGCCCGGGCCUCUCGGGACCUGGCCACGUUCCAGGACAUUUCUGCAGAGGACAAAAAGAGACUCACCUAUGAGGCCUUCGAUUACGCCAAGGCGGCACUGGACCGGAAUGAGGCCUGCUUCGCAGCUCACAAAUGGUAUGCAGUGUGUCUCAGUGACGUGGGAGACUACGAGGGGAUCAAAGUAAAAAUUGGCAACUCCUAUAUAAUAAAAGAACACUUGGAGAGAGCCAUCGAGCUGAAUCCAAAAGACGCCACAUCCAUCCACAUCCUGGGUUACUGGUGUUUCGCCUUCGCCGAGCUGCCGUGGUACCAGCGAAAGAUCGCGGCCACCCUCUUUGCCUCCCCGCCCAACGCGACCUAUGAAGAGGCUCUGGAAUAUUUCCUGAAGGCGGAGGAAGUGGACCCAAACUUCUACAGCAAGAACCUUUUGAUGCUGGGCCGCACCUACCUAAUGCUGAAGGACAAGGAGAAGGCGGGGCUCUGGCUGAGCCGAGCCCGAGACUACCCCGCCCACACAGAGGAGGACAAGCAGGUCCAUAAAGAAGCUUCUGACCUUCUGAAGAAGCUGCAGGGAUGACCAGUGGGCACCGCACAGACACUGAGAUUAAGGGCAUUGGAUCCUGGGACCCGUGGCCUCUUACUAUUGCCUUAUCAAUCAGUAACUGCUAAUUAACUGUGAAGAUGUUUUAUAAAUCAGCUUUUAUCAUGACCCUGUAUAAUAAAAGGAGCAUGCUGCUCCCCAAAGACUG